UUCGGUACUUGUCUGUUCGCUCCCAUCAUGUCCGGUCGCGGCAAAGGCGGGAAGGGCCUGGGCAAGGGCGGCGCCAAGCGCCACCGCAAGGUGCUGCGCGACAACAUCCAGGGCAUCACCAAGCCCGCCAUCCGGCGCCUGGCGCGGCGCGGCGGCGUCAAGCGCAUCUCCGGGCUCAUCUACGAGGAGACGCGCGGGGUGCUCAAGGUCUUCCUGGAGAACGUGAUCCGCGACGCCGUCACCUACACGGAGCACGCCAAGCGCAAGACGGUCACUGCCAUGGACGUGGUCUACGCGCUCAAGCGCCAGGGACGAGAGGCUGCAACCCUUCUCCAUAAGAACUCCGAUCGAUCCCUCAUGGCUCGGACCAAGCAGACUGCGCGCAAGUCCACGGGCGGGAAGGCGCCCCGCAAGCAGCUGGCCACCAAGGCCGCCCGCAAGAGCGCGCCGGCCACGGGCGGCGUGAAGAAGCCGCACCGCUACCGGCCCGGCACCGUGGCCCUGCGCGAGAUCCGCCGCUACCAGAAGUCCACGGAGCUGCUGAUCCGCAAGCUGCCCUUCCAGCGCCUGGUGCGCGAGAUCGCGCAGGACUUCAAGACCGACCUGCGCUUCCAGAGCUCGGCCGUCAUGGCGCUGCAGGAGGCGUGCGAGGCCUACCUGGUGGGGCUGUUCGAGGACACCAACCUCGCGGGGACAGACGGCUCUGACUUCUAUUCGGUCACCAUGUCCGGACGCGGCAAAGGCGGGAAGGGCCUGGGCAAGGGCGGCGCCAAGCGCCACCGCAAGGUGCUGCGCGACAACAUCCAGGGCAUCACCAAGCCCGCCAUCCGGCGCCUGGCGCGGCGCGGCGGCGUCAAGCGCAUCUCCGGGCUCAUCUACGAGGAGACGCGCGGGGUGCUCAAGGUCUUCCUGGAGAACGUGAUCCGCGACGCCGUCACCUACACGGAGCACGCCAAGCGCAAGACGGUCACGGCCAUGGACGUGGUCUAUGCGCUCAAGCGCCAGGGUCGCACCCUCUACGGCUUCGGCGGCUGAGCCCGUCCCCCGCCCCUGCUCCCCCCAAAGGCCCUUUUCAGGGCCGCCCA